AUGGGGACCGAUGAAAUCAAUUUAGCUGUUCUCAUCGCUCUCAAUAUUCUCAUAAUUCCUCUAACAUGGUUUAUAUUACGUAUUGUCAUCAAACCCAAAACAGUGCAAAAACCAGACAUAACAGAUGAGCAUUCUUCCCUGGUCAUCAAUGAAGAAGAGAAAGAUGAAACAAAUACAAAAAACAUUCGUUAUAUUCAUGAAGGUGAAUCAGCCGGUGAAUAUUCGAAGAAAUGGACAUCAACAUAUGAUCUGGUAUUCUUAAUCUUGAUGGUUUGUUUUUUGAUAAUUCUUUCAAUUUUGACAAGCAUCUAUAUUCCAUCAUUUUGGACAGAAUGGAAAUUUUGGUUAAAGCAAAUUUUCGCAUUUAUCUUCAUUAUGUUUGUUGUAUUUUGUGGUGGUCUAUUGUGUCGACAUUAUUGUCAAAUAGAUGAACAUGGUUAUAUCAUCACCAAUCGUUCAAGUCAUUUCAAAGUGAACUAUACCAAGAAGAUACAACAUCUCGCUGUUCAUGUUAUACCUUUGGUUAUAUCUACACAUAAAAGUGAUCAUUCCAUAUUGUACAACUUGAUCUCGUUAACUUGGUCGUACUAUACUGUUCUUUUAACAAACCUAAUCUUAAUCAAACCGUUGCGUGAACGAUCAACGUUUUUAAUGACGCAAUUCAACUCAAUUGAUCGUCCUGAAGAUCGUCCGCAUACUUUAAUGUGGGUCACACUUUGUAACAAUGUACCAACGUAUGCCGUCACAAUAUUUUUUCGUUGGCUAUUCAAUAUUUAUGGUUUCGAUAUGAAUGCAGUUUUUAUUUUUACAUUGGUGAAUACAGUUGGUGAUGGUUUAGCUGAACCAGUUGGAAUUUAUUUUGGUAAACAUCGGUAUAAAACUCGAGGUUGUUUCAAUCGAACAAGAUAUGAGCGAUCAUUUGAAGGUUCAGCUUGUGUGUUCAUCUCAGCAGUUUUCUUUACAUCGAUAUUUUCAUUUACAUUUCGAAGUUAUCUCCAAAUAUGGAUUACAUUACUGAUUUUACCAAUAUCGAUGACGGUGGCUGAGGCAACUAGUCCACAUACAUGUGAUUCAGCAUUUAUUCAUGGUGUUGGUGGUUUGAUAAUCUUUUUUGUCUUACUUUUUGUAUAA